AUGAGUAAUGAUCAGGAUUUAAAAAGUUCCUUCUUGCAAGACUUGAAGGAAUAUUCAACAAAUGAUGAUAAGAAAUUUCCUGAAGUUUUAAAAAAUUAUAUCACACAAAAUAUUGAAGAUCAAAAUGAAGCUGAAAGAUUUUUGAAAGAAUUUAAUGAUUCCUACUUAAAAGAAAUGAAUCUGGAUGAACUUGAACUGUUAUGUUCAAUGAUACUUAAAAAAAAAAACUUAUCAGCAAAUUAA